AUGAACCUUUUCAAACCCCCUGCCGCGGCUCGAGCUGCCAAAACGCUCGACAGGGCUCUGUUCUCACGCACGCUACCCACUGUAGCGGCGAGCGUGCGCGAGAACAAGCUCAUCUCCAAGUACAGGAUGGAGUUGGGGAAGACAAGGGAGGUGCUGCUGGUGGAAAAGUUUGACCCGAUUGCCGCGGAUCCGGACGAGGCGUUAGCGGCCCAGGGGAAGAAGUGCCUUAUUUUGAGGCCGGAUUUGAAAAUCUCAGCCCCUGAAGCGUGGAGUCCCGUGUUGCAGGAAGCGACCAAGAUUGGGGAUCUGAAGAUUGUCCCAUUUGAUGUGACGAUUGAUUAUAAGCUGUGGUCAUAUGUUGACGUUAUGAAAUCGAUAAUACCGGAGGAGCUUCAGGACGAGAUCCCCGCGAGUUUUAACACCGCAGGGCACGUGGCGCACCUGAACAUGAGAGAGCGAUAUCAGCCCUAUAAACACGUCAUUGGCCAGGUCAUUCUCGAUAAGAAUCCUGUUAUCCGGACAGUUAUCAACAAGACUGACGAUGUCGGCACCCAGAAUGAAUUCCGAACCUUCAGCUACGAGGUGCUGGCUGGUCCUGAUGACAUGCUGGUGGAGGUUAGUGAGGCCGGAUGCGUCUUCAGCUUUGACUACUCCAAAGUAUACUGGAACUCGAAGCUGAGCGGGGAACAUGAACGGAUCUGUGCCAUGUUCAAGCCUGGGGAGGUGGUUGCCGAUGUGAUGGCUGGUAUCGGACCUUUUGCCGCGCCCGCGGGGAAGAAGGGUGUUUUUGUCUGGGCAAAUGAUAAGAACCCGGAGAGUUACAAGUAUCUCACUGAUAUUGUCAAGAGGAACAAGGUGACCGAGUUUGUCAAACCCUUCAACGAAGACGGCCACGACUUCAUCAAACGAGCCGCAGACCUCGUGCUGGAAGCCUCUCAGCGCGGAGACUGCGCCGUCCUCAAACCCGUCAAAGUGUCUCGCAGCGUACCACCUGGGGAGCGGCCCGAGCCAGUUCGCGUCCCCGUGCCUCCUACCAUUGCCCACUAUGUCAUGAACUUGCCUGCUUCCGCUCUCGAGUUCCUCCAUAACUUCAAAGGCUUGUACCACGGGCAGGAAAUGCUGUUUACGCCACACACGGACACGAAGCUGCCCUUGAUCCAUGCGCAUUGCUUUGCCGUCAAGGCGGACGAUGCGACCCCUCUCGAUGAUAUAUGCCAACGCAUCCACAGCGAAAUUGGUGUCCAGCUGAAGCCGGGUAGUGCGGAAGUGGAAGGAGAAGUAGCUAUUCACGAGGUUCGGGAUGUCGCCCCCGCAAAGAGGAUGUUUUGCGCAAGUUUCCGUCUGCCUCCCGAGGUGGCUUUCUCCCCGCGGGCUUGA